AGAAUAUUUGCAUUGCAGGUCUGAUGGAAAACUUCCUGGUCAUCCAUCAGCUCAGGUGUAAUGGUGUGCUGGAGGGUAUCAGAAUCUGUAGGAAGGGUUUCCCCAGCAGAAUCCUCUACGGUGACUUGAAGCAGAGAUACAAAGUAUUAAAUGCUAGUGUCAUCCCUGAGGGACAGUUCAUUGACAACAAAAAGGCUUCAGAAAAACUCUUGGGCUCUAUUGAUGUUGACCACACACAAUACAAGUUUGGACACACCAAGGUGUUCUUUAAAGCCAGUCUGUUGGGUACUCUAGAAGAGAUGAGAGAUGAGAAACUAGCAACACUAGUUACCAUGACUCAGGCUUUGUGUCGUGGAUAUGUCAUGAGGAAGGAGUUUGUCAAAAUGAUGGAGAGGAGAGAAUCAAUUUAUUCCAUCCAAUACAACAUCCGAUCAUUCAUGAAUGUCAAACAUUGGCCAUGGAUGAAGCUCUACUUUAAGAUCAAGCCUCUUCUGAAGAGUGCAGAGACUGAGAAAGAAAUGGCAGCCAUGAAGGAGAACUAUGAAAAAAUGAAGGAGGAUCUUGCAAAAGCAUUAGCUAAAAAGAAGGAGCUUAAGGAGAAAAUGGUGUCACUUCUUCAGGAGAAAAAUGACCUUCAGCUGCAAGUAGCUUCAGAAUCUGAAAACCUCUCAGAUGCUGAGGAGAGAUGUGAAGGUCUGAUCAAAAGCAAGAUCCAGCUCGAGGCCAAACUCAAAGAGACAAAUCAGAGACUGGAGGAUGAAGAGGAAAUCAAUGCUGAACUGACUGCCAAGAAGAGGAAACUGGAGGAUGAAUGCUCUGAACUGAAGAAAGACAUUGAUGACCUGGAGCUUACCUUGGCCAAAGUGGAGAAAGAGAAACAUGCAACAGAAAAUAAGGUGAAAAACCUAACAGAGGAGAUGGCCUCUCAGGAUGAGAGCAUUGCCAAACUGACCAAAGAGAAGAAAGCCCUCCAAGAGGCACAUCAGCAGACUCUUGAUGACCUUCAGGCAGAGGAAGACAAAGUCAACACUCUGACUAAAUCUAAGACAAAGCUUGAGCAGCAAGUGGACGAUCUUGAGGGCUCAUUGGAGCAAGAGAAGAAGCUCCGUAUGGACCUUGAGAGAGCCAAGAGGAAGCUUGAGGGUGAUCUGAAACUGGCUCAGGAGUCCAUAAUGGACCUGGAGAAUGACAAACAGCAGUCAGAUGAGAAGAUCAAGAAGAAGGACUUUGAGAUAAGUCAGCUUCUCAGCAAGAUUGAGGAUGAACAGUCUUUGGGAGCACAGCUUCAGAAGAAGAUCAAAGAACUUCAGGCUUGUAUAGAGGAACUUGAGGAGGAAAUUGAAGCAGAGAGAGCUGCUCGUGCUAAAGUGGAGAAGCAGAGAGCUGAUCUCUCCAGGGAACUUGAAGAGAUCAGCGAGAGGCUCGAGGAAGCUGGUGGUGCCACUGCUGCCCAGAUUGAGAUGAACAAGAAGCGUGAAGCUGAAUUCCAGAAGUUGCGUCGUGAUCUGGAAGAGUCCACCUUGCAGCAUGAAGCUACAGCUGCAGCUCUCAGAAAGAAGCAAGCAGACAGUGUGGCUGAACUCGGAGAACAGAUCGACAACCUCCAGCGGGUCAAGCAGAAGCUGGAGAAGGAGAAGAGUGAAUACAAGAUGGAGAUUGAUGACUUCACAAGCAACAUGGAGGAUGUGGCUAAGGCAAAGGCUAAUUUAGAGAAAAUGUGCCGUACCCUGGAAGACCAACUGAGUGAAAUAAAGACCAAGAGUGAUGAAAAUGUUCGUCAGCUGAAUGACAUGAAUGCACAACGUGCAAGACUUCAGACUGAGAAUGGUGAAUUUAGUCGCCAACUGGAAGAGAAAGAAGCACUUGUUUCACAGUUAACUAGAGGAAAACAGGCUUAUACUCAGCAAAUUGAGGAACUCAAGAGACACGUUGAGGAAGAAAUAAAGGCCAAGAACGCUCUGGCCCAUGCGGUUCAGUCCGCUCGCCAUGACUGUGAUCUGCUCAGAGAGCAGUAUGAGGAGGAGCAGGAGGCCAAAGCUGAACUCCAGCGAGGAAUGUCUAAGGCCAACAGUGAGGUGGCUCAGUGGAGAUCCAAAUAUGAGACUGAUGCCAUCCAACGCACUGAGGAGCUUGAGGAAGCCAAGAAAAAGCUAGCACAGCGUCUGCAGGAUGCUGAAGAAUCAAUUGAAGCAGUGAACUCCAAGUGUGCCUCACUGGAAAAGACCAAACAGAGACUGCAGGGUGAAGUAGAGGACCUUAUGAUUGAUGUGGAGAGGGCAAAUGCAUUGGCUGCCAACCCUGACAAGAAGCAGAGAAACUUUGACAAGGUCCUAGCAGAGUGGAAACAGAAGUAUGAGGAAGGCCAGGCGGAACUAGAAGGUGCUCAGAAAGAAGCUCGUUCUCUCAGCACUGAGCUUUUCAAAAUGAAGAACUCCUAUGAAGAAGCUCUUGACCACCUUGAGACACUGAAGAGGGAGAACAAGAAUCUGCAACAGGAGAUUUCUGACCUCACUGAGCAGCUUGGAGAGACUGGAAAGAGCAUUCAUGAAUUAGAGAAAGCCAAGAAGACUGUGGAGUCUGAGAAAUCAGAGAUCCAGACUGCACUCGAAGAAGCUGAGGGUACCCUGGAGCAUGAAGAGGCCAAGAUUCUUCGUGUGCAGCUGGAGCUGAACCAGGUGAAGAGUGAGAUUGACAGGAAGCUUGCUGAGAAGGACGAGGAGAUGGAACAGAUCAAGAGGAACAGCCAAAGAGUGAUUGAUUCCAUGCAGAGCACUCUGGACUCUGAGAUCAGGAGCAGAAACGAUGCCCUGAGAGUCAAAAAGAAGAUGGAGGGAGAUCUGAAUGAAAUGGAGAUCCAGUUGAGUCAUGCCAACCGCCAGGCUGCUGAGGCCCAGAAACAACUCAGGAAUGUCCAAGGCCAACUCAAGGUACCUUUCUGUAGAAUGAAGAAUUACCAAACAUAUGAAUAUGAUAAAUGAAUUAAAUGCAACUAA